CGGCACAAGCCGGGCUGCGCGGGGUGCGCAGGGCGCUCGGCUCCUCUCUCCGCCCCCGCGCAGGGGAGCAGGCUCGGAGCGGCAGGGGCUGAGGGGCACGGGGGCCGGGAGGAGGCGGGUGGGUAGCCCUCCCACCCCAUCCCUUCUUUUCCUCCCAUCCCUCCUUCCCUUCUCCCGCCCCGUUGCUCCGGAGCCCGGCGGCGCUUCGGGCUGGGGGUGCCGCCUUCCCGGCCGCCGCCUCCGCCGAGCUCCCCGCGGGGCGGCGCGGAGCGGCCCCGGCCAUGGGUCUGCGCGCCGCCGGGCUCGUCGCCUGCUGCUGCCUGCUGCCCCUCGUCCUCCCCGCAGCCCCAGGCGUGAACUGUAAAACUGGCUGCCACCCAGAGAAUGGAUUUUGUGAAUUUCCCAGUGAAUGCAGGUGUCAGCCUGGUUGGCAGGGUGCUCUUUGUAAUCAGUGUGUUCCUUUCCCUGGGUGUUUGCACGGCAGCUGUGCCAAGCCCUGGCAGUGCAUCUGUGAGGAGGGCUGGGUUGGCAGCCUCUGUGACAUAGAUAUUCACCCAUGUUCUGCAAAGCCCUGCACCAAUAACUCAACGUGCAUAGAGACUGGUGAUGGAGGAUAUAUUUGUCUGUGUGCCCAGGGAUUUACAGGAAAAAACUGCCAUCUCAAAAAAGGACCUUGCAUUAUUAAUGGCUCUCCCUGCCAGAAUGGAGGAACAUGCAUUGAUGACAAUGGUUUUGCACCACAUGCUUCCUGUCUGUGCCCUUCUGGUUUUGCUGGCAACUUCUGCGAAAUAGAUAGAGACGACUGCGAAUCCAACCCCUGUGAAAAUGGAGGAACAUGUACAGAUAUUGGUGUGGAUUUCAGCUGUUUUUGUCCCCAUGGCUAUACGGGAAAGCUCUGCAGCAGCCGUGUCAUAUUCUGUGCAAGUGGCCCAUGUGAGAAUGGAGGGACGUGCAGUGAACAUCCCCAAGGAGGAUUCGAAUGCAUCUGUAAACCAGAAUUUGUUGGUGCAACCUGCAAACACCCCAGCAAAAACUCAAGCCUCUCUGGAGCGAAUAUGGAGGCAAAGCAUAUGCAGAAUUACAAGCCACCCCCAAAAGCUCAUCACAGAUCGGUGCAUCAUCAACAAGAAAUCCUGAAAAUAACGAUGAAAGAAACAAUUCAAAAUGCAGAUCCCUUGCUCAGUAGAAGCCAGGUGAUAUGUUUUGUUGUACUGGGCUUGCUUACAUGUCUUGUUGUCUUGGGUACAACUGGGAUUGUAUUUUUUUCAAAAUGUGAAAUGUGGCUUGCUAAUGCCAAAUAUAGUCAUCUCCUACGCAAGAAAAAGAACUUUUUCCUGAAAUCUAACAAUGGGGAAAACCUCUCAGUUAAUAUUAUCUUCCCAGAGAAGAUCAAAUUGACUAAUUACACUAAGAACUACACUGCCAUCUAGGCCCUUGAAAGCCGAGCAGCAACUUGCAAGUUUUCAUAGCAAUAUGUAAAAUAGAUUGAAUCUAUUGCCUGUGAUUGGCCUCAAUAUUUGUGGGUACAUUUGCUGUAGCUUGUGCUGAGUGAUAACAAAGAAAUAUAAUGUAUCUGUAUUACUAAGGAUUUUUUCAUUCCCCAAAAUAAAAGUUAAAACCACAAAGGAUUCAAGAGCAGGGAAUGUUAAUUUUGAUUUCUUUUCAAGGCAGCUAUUUUUUUGUAAAAUAAAAGGUAAUUUACCACUGGAACUGUAUUACAGCUUUGUCUUGUGUAUAGUUUAUUUGGCAAAUGAGGUACCUGUAAAUUACUCAGUAAUGUUUUUUUUUUCUUUUUUUUCUUUUUUAAUAAACAGCAGUU